GAGAGAGAGAGAGAGAGAGAGAGAGAGAGAGAGAGAGAGAAACCUCAAAUAUCAUACAUCUCUUUGGUCAUUUAAAAUUUGUAACAUAAUUUCGAAUUUGAUAUAAAUAGCAACAACAACAAAAAAUAAUUUAAACGGGAGGUGAACUUUGGAACUUAAUGUCUGUCGCAGUCCUGCUGUAGCUGCCUCCUACCAUGCUACUAUCUCUGGAUUGUCUGGACCUGAAGAGCUGCCUGCUCGUGAUCUUUCUGCUCCUACUGCUGGUGGACUUCCUGAAGCACAGAAACCCACCUGAGUUCCCUCCUGGACCAUGGCCUCUGCCUUUCCUGGGAAAUGUCUUCAUUGGGUUUGGCUACCAGGCCAUGGACAAGGUUGCUGAACGGUUCGGCAAUGUUUUCAGCCUUCGGUGGGGUGGGGAGAAGGUGGUGUUUGUGUCUGGGUACAAGAUGGUGAAGGAGGUUUUGAUGACUCAGGGAGAUAACUUUUUAGACCGACCUGCAUCCCCUCUCUUUAGUGAUAUUUUCAAAGACUGUGGAAUCUCUGUAAGUAAUGGAUACAGAUGGAGGAGGCAACGCCAGUUCUCGGUGGCCCACCUAAAACACUUCGGUGAGGGGAAGAAAACCCUGGAGCUUCAUGUGCAGCAGGAGUGUAACUUCCUGUGUCAGGCAUUCCAACAGGAAAUGGGAGGGCCCUUCAACCCCCAACUCAUAAUAAACAGUGCUGUUGCAAACGGCAUUGGAUUCUUGGUGUUUGGAAAGCGAUUCGACUACAACGCUACAGACUUCCAGAACCGUCUGCGACUGAGCCAGGAGUCCAUUCUAUUGAUAGGCAACCCUCUGGUUCAGCUGUAUGAUGUAUUUCCAUGGCUCUUCAAGCGUUUGCCUGGGCUGCGUUCUGGCCCCCAUGUGACGAUUCUUUCCAACUAUGCAAAGAUUAUGUCUUUCCUGAGAAAAGAAAUAGAGAAACAUAAGAAGGACUGGGAUCCCUUUGAUCACCGGGACUUCAUUGACUCCUACAUCGGGGAAAUAGACAAGAAGAAGAGGGACACCGAGGCUGGGUUCCACUCAGAGAACUUGGUGUACUGCAGUCUGGACUUGUUUGAGGCUGGAACAGAAACCAUGACCAACACUUUACGUUGGGCUCUGCUCUACAUGGUGAAGUACCCUGAGGUUCAGGAGAAUGUCCAGGAGGAGAUCAAAAGUGUGAUUGGCCAGUCUCGCCAGCCCUGCCUUGCUGAUAGGGUGAGCAUGCCCUACACAGACGCUGUGAUCCACGAGACACAGAGAAUGGCCAACAUACUGCCUCUCAAUAUCAGAAUGUCAAGCAAAGAUGCUACCAUGGGGGGAUAUUUCAUACCCAAGGGCACAAAAGUGAUAGUCAACCUCUCCUCAGUGUUACGUGACCAGACAGAAUGGGAGACGGCAGACCACUUCAACCCACAACACUUCCUGGAUGUGCAUGGUCACUUCCGGAAAAGGGAGGCUUUUUUCCCAUUUUCUGCAGGAAAGAGGGCUUGUCUGGGGGAGCCGCUGGCCCGCAUGGAGCUCUUCCUCUUUUUCACCUCCCUCCUCCAGAGGUUCACCAUCUCUCCGUCCCCUGGAGAGGAACCACCAAGCCUGGAGCCCCAGGGAGUGGCCAUCCAGUCCCCUAAACCAUUCACCAUCUGUGCCUCCACAUGGUGAUGGAUCACUACCAUUAUAGUUCCAUGUUGGAGAAGAAGAGGAAUGCAUUUUUACUGUCCAUUUUCCUACUGUCCAUAUGGAAAUCUGUCUUUUUGCUUUUAACCCUACCCCCCGAGGGGUUGGAAGCACAGGGUCAGCCACAGUGCAGCGCCACUGGAGAAGUUGUGGGUUAAGGGCACAACGGCAGAUUGUAUGAUACACUGACUUACUGAGCACUGUCUGCAUGCUUAACAUAAUGCAUACACAGUAUUAUAUUUACAGUGUCCCCCCUUUCUUAAAGGUCCAUUGCAGCCA